GAAAAGCCAAAGACGUCAACCUGGGCAGUUGCGAUCAGUGUGUAAGGUGUAAGUACAGUCAAGCCUCUUCAGUGAGCGCCAGGAGCUAGGUAAUAUAUAUUGAGAUACAUAUUUGUUUAAAUAAUAAUAAUGGGGCAUUUAACACCAGCUGUAGCCAGGCAAAAUAACAAUAAAUUUUACUGGUGCCGUGCUGUAAAACUAGAUUAAAGUCACAUAUUCCACAUGUUUUCACGUUUUCCUCCUGUUUCCGCCUGCAUUCGACACUCGACACAAGAUGUAAACAGUAUUUAACAUACUUAAUAUUCAUUUAAACAAAAUAAACAAACAAGUGAAUAUGAAUAAUUAUAUUACGAGGAGCUAUUAUUAAUUAUUAUUUUCAGCGCAAUACUAUGGACCAAUUGCUUGCAGCCACGUAAGUAGUACAAAGCUUCUGAGUUUGAUAAAAGACAAGAGAGAGGAAAAACACCUUACGCCCUCUUACUGAAAGUACUCCUAACUUGAUAAGGAGCUCGGUUAACCAACAACUAAAUGGUAUACCAAGCGUUCAGGAAAACUAACACGCCCUGUCCGUAGAUAGUUCGAUGGAAGAGUAUCAGCAUCAAAAAAAGAAACAACAAGAGUUUUGUUCCCCAUUCCUUCUCGACUUUUAUGUGUGUACGUACACUUACAUUUACUAAUCUGAACGAGAAAUUCUACUCAGAAAAUAAUUGGGAAAUUACAAUCAAAUUUCUAUAGAAAUAUGGCAAUAAAGAAUCGUAAUACAAUUGUUAUCUUCAUGGCCCAUUUAAAUUUCCAACUGAGCUUUUAUAUAUAAUUACAUUUUUACAAACUGUUGAAUAAAAUAUUUUUCCGAGUGUAUUUCGAGUGCGCUGUGUAAUGGUGACCACCGAGAUGACAAUUAUCUCAAUACACUCACAUGUAUGUGUUUGCUUGGGGAGCGGAAGGCCCAGAUAAUCUGCGCGGAGCGAGAAUCAAGUGUAAUUUUUCCCUCAGUCUACCACCGACUUUGGACCAAAAUAAAUACAAUCCGACGGAGUCCCAAUCCCGAUUGAAAUACACCGAGAAUCAUUUGUCAGUUAUGUAGACUUACGCCGUUAUGUCUGGAACAUCGACCUCUGAACGCUCCAACUCCGAAGACAGCCCAUCGAAUCCCUGCUUAACGGAGGUGCUCAGGAACUGUGCCAAUAUCCAGUCACUGGAGAGCUUGAACUACGAAUACAACGACGUUCUGUUGACCGAAUCCAGCGAGGGGAAGAUGAUUACGCCGAAUCCGUACUCCUUUAGCGGCAACAUUUCCAUCAGCAGUUGUCCAAGUGAAGAUGUUUCAUUUACGGAAAGCAUCCUGGAGGACAACGGACGCAUUUCGCUGGCCUAUGAGAACCUGAAGACCAUUCCGCGGCGACUGGCCGAUAAAUUUGCAGCGCAGACUAAGUUUCUCGAUUUGAGUCACAAUGAUUUCCGAAAUCUUAGAUUUCUCUCCUUCUUCGAGGAUCUGGACACUUUAAUUCUGGACCGCAACGUGAACCUGGAUAUUAACACCUUUCCCUAUUUGCCGAGCUUAAGGAUCUUGUGGAUCAACAAUUGCGAUAUACGGAAUAUAACCGACUGGAUACACCGCAUCGAACGGCAGUGUCCUGCGCUGGAUCAGCUCUCUUGCAUGGGGAAUCCUGGCAUCCGCACUGUUUUCGGGGGCCAAGGACCCCGCGAGUAUAUACUGCAGGUGCUUCCCCAGCUAAAAUAUCUCGAUGGACUUCCGACCAGCAGGAGUGCAGUUCAUACGACGCAGUCUUCCUCACAAGGACAGGGUCAGGACUCCACCAGCAAUUCGGAAAAGCCCCCACCCGCAUCCACACUCACUUUCAAGGACAUCUUCCGACCAAAGCAUUCCAGAAAAUCGCACAGCGGACGGAUGUACGGCAACGGCUCCUCCACAAAUUGAAGUAAUAUGCCGAAGGACGGAGGGGCAUCCACUGAUUGCUUUCUGUCCCAUUGUUGGACUAUUUUUAACCGUCCGCUGGAUUAUCAGCGCUGCCCUCGGUGCCCUGCAGUCGUCGAUUGCACCUACAGUGCUAUGCAAGUAAAUAUGCAUAUGCAAUCGUAUGGCGAUGGACACGCACGAGUCUAGUGAGAAUUAAUCUAGUGCAUUAAAGCAAUUUUUACAAUAAUAAGAGUCAAUGACCUCAACGAAUAGUCAAGUAAACAAACGUAUACAAUAGGCACCAUAUUCAGAAUAAAUCUUAUUUUUGUUCAGUGCCCGAUUAAUUUUACAGAUGCUUAAAAACUUGAGGCCAAAUAAAGGAAAAUUAAAAAAGU